AUGAGUUGGAAAGCUUCCGACACAUUCAAAUUGAAGCCUGGUCGUUUCCGCAAUGGCAACCGCAGCAAGCCGUCGCCGCCAAACAUGCCAUAUGACUUCGAAAACACCUACGGAGCGAGAGAUGCAACAAUACCACCAGCAUAA